UUUAUUUGUGUUCGGAGUUUGAUAAAACGAUUUUCCGUUCUCUAUUUUCUCUGCUUCAAACCCUAGCUCGUCUUCCAAGUCCCAAAACGCCAUUCUACCGCCAUGGCCAAGAAGCGAAAGAUUCGAUCAUCUGAGAUCGAAUCUGCUAAGACAUCUGAUUCACAACCUGCACAACAAGAACAAACCCAAGAACAGCAAAUCCAUGAGGAAGUUAGAGUUGACGAACAACCAAACCCGGAAGCAACCCUGGAAGAAGAGCACCAGGGACACGAAACGAUGGCUGUGGAUGAUGAUACGCAUCAGGAAGAUGUACAAUUGGAAGAAAACGCGGAUGCAGGUGUAUCUCCAGAAGUUCACCCUCAAGAGCAGGUUGUUGAACGCCGAGAAACAGCGGAAGCUGUAACCGGUGCUGCCCCAUCUGAAUCAGCUGAGGUUGAUGCGAAUGGAGCCGAGGAAGGCAACGAGAACGAUGAUGAUGAUGAGGUUUUGGACGAAGAAGAGCCUUUAGAGAAGCUUCUUGAGCCUUUUACAAAGGAGCAGCUCUACUCUCUUGUCAAGCAAGCUGCAGAGAAGUACCCGGAUUUUAUCGACAACGUCCGUCAGCUGGCGGACGUCGAUCCUGCCCACCGAAAAAUCUUCAUCCACGGUCUUGGCUGGGACACCACUGCGGAAACCCUUACGAGUGUUUUUGGGAAGUAUGGUGAGAUUGAGGAUUGCAAGGCUGUCAUCGAUAGGGUCUCUGGGAAAUCAAAAGGUUAUGCCUUCAUCUUGUUCAAGCACCGAAGUGGCGCUCGAAAGGCGCUGAAACAGCCGCAGAAAAAGAUUGGGAACCGUACAACAUCGUGUCAAUUGGCCUCCGCUGGACCAGUCCCCUCACCUGCUACAGUGGCCCCACCGGUGUCUGAAUAUACUCAAAGGAAGAUCUUUGUUAGCAAUGUAAGUGCAGAACUGGAUCCCCAAAAAUUGCUUGAGUUCUUCGGUCAAUUUGGGGAGAUAGAGGAUGGUCCCUUGGGUCUUGAUAAGCAGACGGGGAAGCCGAAGGGAUUUGCAUUGUUUGUAUACAAGUCAGUAGAGAGUGCAAAGAAGGCUUUGGAAGAACCUCACAAAAACUUUGAAGGGCAUACAUUGUAUUGUCAGAAGGCUGUUGAUGGUCCUAAGGGAAACAAGGGAUAUCAACAUCACCAGCAGCAGCAUCAUUCUCAUCAUCAUCAGCCUCAUUACCAGUCAAGAAAGGAGAAAACUAAGUAUCAGUCUGGCGGGCAUGGACCGGGACCCGGACACCUAAUGGCGCCCUCAGCUCCUUCUGUCGGUUUCAAUCCUGGAGUGGCAGCACAGGGACUGAAUCCGGCACUUGGGCAGGCCUUGACUGCUUUGCUCACCACCCAAGGUGCAGGGCUAGGGCUGGGUAACCUGCUUGGAGGUCUUGGUGGUGCCCCCACAAACCAGGCUGGGCCCCCUGCUGGAUAUGUCAAUCAACCUGCUGUGGGCUACGGGAACCAACCAGGAAUGCAAGGGGGGUACCAGAAUCCACAAAUGGGGCAGAGCAGUGGUGUUAGGCCUCAUCCUGGCCCUGGCGCUCCUUACAUGGGUCAUUAGCAGAGGUUAUUUCUUUCAUAACUUUGGCAUAUGCUGAGCGUUGACCUGGAUUAUGACCUAUUACACCAUGUCGUAUCUGAACAACUGGUCCCCUCUUCAUAGUUUGACAUCUGCAACCACUGAUGGAGCUUUGAAACAUCUAUCCAAGGUGAGAAGUGGUCACUUGGGUGGGUUGCUCUCCCUUUUGUGAAUUUUGUCCUGGAUGGAUGCAUUGGUCCUACUAUCCUUGAUGUUCUCCAUUGGUAUGACUUAUUUUUUCUGCUGCUAUUGCUUGGAAAGGUUUUAGUUUAUUGAAAUUCCCUUUUUAACUUUCAGGAGUUUUUAAUUGAUUUUCGGGGUUAUUCUCCAUGCAUUAACAAGUGGAGUUCCAAAUUUUGUUUGGAUUUUGAAUUAGCUGUUAACAUAUAAUUUGUGGGUUGGUUAAUGCCCUGUUUAGUACUACUGUGGCUUUGAAGAUUUUUCUUGACACUGCAUGGGGAAGGAUAAAAGUACUUUACUUAACUUAUACCACGUCAAAACAAUUUUGCCCCCCCAAAAUUCAUUUAUAUGUCUCCAGCCAAGCGGCUGCUUUUUCAAAGUGCAGAGCUCCCAUAAUGAAGCCCAAUGCCAAGCUGGGUCUAGACAGUCUUUUUCCAUCUUGUGUGUUGUCUCUAUCAUUUUCUUUGCAAAUCUUCUAGGCUCAACUAUUAGAAUGCUGCAUGACGUUAUAUGAAGGUAUGAUGGAGAUGAAAUGGGUGAUACAUUGGUUCAGACGGUUGUCUAUGGUGGAUGAGGUAGUUAUCAUCCCUGAAUUGUUUGGGUCAUAACCGUCAGGUGUUUUUGGCAUGACGUGAAAUAAUUAAGCAUGAUGCUGAUGGGAUGCUGGUAUGGCUUCAUUCUACUCAUAAGGAAGAGUUCUCUAUAUUUAAGUCAGCAGAGGAGUUCGAUCAUUGCUUGAGAUGGUAAUUUCUGGAAAAAUAUUGGUCACUUGGGAACUUACAGAAGCACAAACUUUUGUAAGUCUUCUAACCACUUGUUAUUCUUAAAGCAAAGGAAUGUAGGACUUUAACCAAUUGCUCAGUAGCAAUUUGACUUUCUAAAGUUGUUUAGAAUAGGUUUGAUGUUAUGGUUCUAUUAUGUCUUCUAAUAAGAAUGGAUUGGAACAAUGUAGUAACUAUUGGAGUUAGUAUCCUAGUCGCACUCUGCGCUGUGGUAACAAAUGAGGGCAUUUCAUUGAGGGGGAUUUGCAGUGUCUGUCCUGAAAAGAAAUUUGUAGGUCCUAAUGUUGUGUGCGUUAGACUAGAGGAAAUGGCUCAACUUGGAGAAGCCAAGAUUGGAUUUUCACUCCACUCCUCACGAGAAAUAAGAAAGACUAUUGCUGGGGUACAAGGAUGAAUCGUGUGAACAAAUUUAACCGAAUCAGGAAGUAGGACGUUGGGUCACUAGGAAUGUGUACCUCACCUGCUGCACCCCUUCCGCAACGUUAUGUUCAUGUUUCGUUACCCCACCGUUUUUUUUUUUUUAUUCGCCGUGGAAUACUUUCAUAAUAUUCUUUAUAGUUAUGCAUGUAAAUGUUUUAUAA